AUGGAAAUGACUCAAGACCCCAUUAUUGGUACGAACCAGUCUUUAGAGCAAUUAUGGUCUCGAGUGGAGGAGAAAUACAAUUUGACAAGAGAUAAAUCUUGGGUGGAACGUUCUGCUCGGUCUUUACAAUGCAGGAUGCAGACAAUAGAAAAGGCAGUGAAGAAAUUGAACGGAUGUAUUCGACAAGUGGAAAAUUUAAAUCCGAGUGGUGCAUCAGACGAAGAUAUUGUGAAUCGAGCAAAGAGAAUGCUUUUGGACGAUCCUAACUAUAAGAAAGGGUUCAAGUUUGAUCAUGUGUGGCACAUUGUGAGGAACUUUGAGAAAUUUAAAGAUAAUGUUAUUACAUCUAGACAAAUUAAUCGAAAGCAUGGAUUUGACUAUGUAUCAUCAGAAUCUGAAAAUCCCACUCCAGAAUCGCAAGCACCAGAAUCUCCUGGACUUUCUCAAUUUUCUCUUAACUUAGAUGAUAGUGUUGGUGGGUCACCUUCUGAACGCCCAAUCGGACAGAAGAAAGCCAAAUUGAAGAAAAAAAUGGAUGACGAAGUAGCAUCUUCUAUUAGUCGUUUAAAAGAUGAUAACUCCAAGAUUAUGGAGAUGUUAGAGAAGACUAAUGCAGAUCGACAAAUGUUCUUAGAAAUGCAGAACAAAAAUCUUGCUUUUCAACAAAUGAGAUAUGAGGACAAAAUUUUGAUGCGAGACUUGAAUUCUAUAGCUGACCCAAAUAUUCGUGCUUGUAUACAAGCACAACAACAAGAAAUUUUACAGAAAAGAGGACAUUUUCAACAACCACCCCCUUCUGGAUCUAACAUGUUUAGUGAUAUCUUUGGCAAUAUUGGUGGAAGUGGUGAUAACAUGCCAGAUUAUUAG